CCUAACUUAACAUUCCUUAAGUGUGAACUGACUUUAUUGCAUGAAAUCAUCACGAGUCAUGCAUUAGGUAGCCUAUAGCUACACUUAAGCCUAUUAUUGUUACCAGAUUUGUGCUUUUAUAAGUGAAGUGUCUUCCAUACAGAGACAGGCAAAUCUGUAGGCCUACUGUAGGCCUAGGGCCGAUAUGUUCUCAAGUGAUUUGUCAGCCCAUUGUAUCUCCUGUGAGCUUUGAGGGAAUGGGUUUAUCCUGCAGGUAGUGUAAUGUUGCUUCUGACAGAAUAGGCGAGGCAGAAACGGUAACUGCACACUCUUGUUCAGGAGAGAAGAGGAAACUGCAGUUUGUGUUGGAUGGAGAGGGUGGGGGGGUGAGAGUACUAGUGCAUGGUUUCAGACUGGACAUCUGUCGCUUGUGAGUAUUUUUUUUUCUAGGCCGGGUCUCUCUGUUAUUGAAUGGAGCCAGUGACCUGUCAGUCUUGACUGAUGGGACCCCGUGUGUGGGAAAAUCCCGCAGCCAAAGAGUUGGAGCAUUCACAUGCUAAUUGCGCCCGAUAAAAAGAGGGCCGUGCCGCGCCGAGGGCCCUAGAGACGCGCUGAGAUUCAGUAGAGGAGGCACAACCGCACAGACACCCGAGAAAAAAACAUGACUGCUUCAUCCAUUGCGCACAACGCGGGGAAACAUCCCAGUGCCAAGGAGGAGAGAAAGCUGAGGAAGCCGCUCAUUGAGAGGAAGCGACGAGAGAGGAUCAACAAUUGUUUGGAUCAGCUGAAAGAAACUGUGAUCGGGGCGUUCCGAAUUGAUCAAUCCAAACUGGAAAAAGCCGAUAUUCUUGAGAUGACAGUAAAGCAUCUGGAAAACAUCCAGAGCAGUAAACUCAACGACCCCACAGUAGGCCUGGAGGCCCAGCAGAAAUACAGCACAGGGUACAUCCAGUGCAUGCACGAAGUCCACAACAUGCUCCUCACCUGCGACUGGAUGGACAAAACUCUGGGCUCCCGCCUGCUCAACCACCUCCUCAAGUCCCUGCCCAGGUCCACCGAUGAGAGCCCCCUCCAGCCCUCACCCAGAGAUGAUGUCCCUCUUCCGGCGGGCCAAGGCACGGUGCUCCCCAACACACCCCUCAGAGGAGAACCCCUUGCUGUGAGGCGGCUCCAGAGAGAGGGGUCCACCUGCUAUGAGGCAGGCUGCCAAGAGAGGCCUGCACUCCACAGCUCCCACCUGGGGAUGCUGGAGAUGUGGAGGCCCUGGUGAACUGGUGGAUUACUGAUCUUGGUUUUCCAUUUUGUUAGGCCAUCCUCUGUUAUGUAUCUUAUAGAUAUGCUGCUCAGAAGACAAACAUGGGGCAGUUUUGUUCCAGUGAUUAUAAUUGUAGGUGUGCUGUAAUGAUUCUAUACAGAUCUUUUCAAAGUACUUCCCUUCAGAAGUUGAUUUCUUGUAGCCUGCAUUAUAGAAGGCUCUUAUUAAUCUUUCAUGUAUUUAUUGUAUUAACAUCUUUAUUUAUUUGAUAUCAUAAGGUAUGAC